GUGGAGCAGCCAAGCCAAGCUGAAACAAUGGUCGUGGGGCGGUUGCUCUGACGAGUGUCGGCGCCGGAGUUACCCGAGCUGCGUAGCGUCAUCGUAUCUCGCUGAUGCGGUCGCUGUUGCGGCAAUUUAAACAGUUUAAACCGCCGAAAUUAUUUUUCAGGUAGGCCACGCCAGACCUGCCGGAGCAGCGAUGCCGGUUUACAGCGUCUACAUCGUGAGCAAGUCCGGCGGCCUCAUCUUCCACAGCGACUUUCCGAGUCUGCCUCGGGUCGAGGUUGAGAAGACGUUCUCAUACCCUCUGGACAUGACCCUGUCUUACCAGAACGUGCUCAAGCGGGUGGUGGUGGUGUUCGGGCAGCGUGACGGCGUCUGCGUGGGUCACGCGGUCAUGGCUGUCAACGGCGUUGCUGUCACCGGGCGUUUGCUCGAGGACGGUAGAGACGUGCAAGCGGUCGUCGCCGACGAGGCCAACUACCCCUUGAGCAUCCGCUUUGGACGGCCCCGGUUGACUACCAAUGAACGUAUUGUUCUUGCCAGCACAUUCCACUCCUUCUAUGCCAUUGCCUCACAGCUGUCGCCUGAACCCAAGUCAUCGGGCAUCGAGGUUCUGGAAGCGGGUGCCUUCCGCCUGCACUGUUACCAGACUGUGACAGGCAUCAAGUUCAUUGUGCUCGCUGACGCCCGCCAGGCAUCUCUGGAACCACUGCUACGUCGUCUGUUCGAGCUGUAUGCCGACUAUGCACUCAAGAAUCCAUUCUACUCGCUCGAAAUGCCUAUACGUUGUGAACUGUUUGAUACAAACCUCCAGGCAGCUGUGGAACAGAUGGAGCGAACAGGCAUCAGCAAUGUCUGAGAAGCAAGAAGUCAAGCUUAAUCACACUGAUUGUGCUGUUUUGUUCUCACAAUGUGGGCACAUUGAGAAAGGCUUCUUGCAAUGUGUUCACAUGGACUGCCAUCGCUUUGGCCAGUUCAUUGGCUGUUGCAUGCUUGCACAUUCGUUUGAAAUCAUCUUAGAAGUCAUUACAAGCAUGUAGAGGGCCUGCAGGCACCACAUACAAGUUGUAAUGAAAGCAAGUCUCCCAAAAAUGUUUGUGUGUAACUGUCAAAUUACAGUGGCAAGGACAAUUUAAGAGAAAAGAUAUUAAGUGAAAUGUGUUAACCCUGUCAUACUAACCUCCUCAGACCCAAGAGAUGUCUGGGGUCAAACUUUCACUAACUAGUCUUUUCCUAAGCUGAAACCCUUUUGCUUGAAAUCUCUUGUUUACCUAAAGACAUCGCAGCUAUAAGAGUGCAUAGUAACACAUUUAUUUUUCAUGCUUGAUUGCAGCACAAUCUAGUGGCACUUGAACUUCCCAAGUGUUUUGUGAUACAACAAUCUUGCACAAAGUAGCACCAAUUUUUUUAAAAACCCACUGGUAACAAGAUACACCAUAUGUAUAUGGUACUGCAUACAUCUUGCUUUGGUUUUUGGAAAGGAUGUAUAACUGACUGUUUUGGGACAUAGGGUCUGAGGAGGCUGUGGUGUUACUGUUGUAAAAAAAAGGCUGGAUCUGCCACCAUAGGGAAAAUAGUCCAUUGUAAGCACUCCAUAUGCCUUCCUUGUUUGCCUAUAAAAAUUUUUGGGUUGUGCA